AUGACCGAAAGGGAAGAGGAUAUAAAUGCAAGACACAAGACGAAAGACCAUCAUGCUUACAGAGAGAUUGGUUCCUACUAUAAGUUUCUUAUUUUCAUAUGGCUUCAGAUAAAAGUCUACCCGCGUUUCUUCAUCCAAAAAAACCUUCUGGGGGUGGAUCAAUACUCUGGCAAGGGAAGGCCUGAUCUCAUUUAA